AUGCGCUUCUCGUCCAAGGGUUCCUCCACUUCCAACUUCACUGCCGUAGGAGGCGGAGCCGAGUGCGGGGUGGAAUCAGAUCGGUGCUUGCAGGAAUCCGACGACCAAACCAUUUCGCUGGAAGAUAUCCAAAGUAGGAACACUAGAACACCCAGUUUUGCUGCUUCUUCGCAGCUUUUACGCUUUGAUCGCGUAGAGUUCCCGACGCCCUUACUGGAGGAGGAAUCGGACGUGGCGGCGAGCGUGGAGGUGCUGAAGGCGGCGGCGAAGACCAGGAAGGUUCUGCCGGCCCAAGUCCUCGCUGCCCUCGCUUCGAUCAAGAAGGGAAAGGCGGAGCCAUCCUCGUUUCUCGAGACCCUCGGUGGUACGGAGUCGCCGGGGAGGACUUGGAUGCUUAUAUUCACGGCCCAGGGUAAGUUGGACAAGGGACGAUACUUUCCCAUCACUGCAGUUCAACGAUUUGAUGCUGCGGCAAAAAGGAUAGAGAAUGGUGUAUUUUUGGGUCCUGUCGGGUCUCUUACUUUCGAGGGCAAAUUUUCAUGGAAGAAUAGAAUAUUGGCAUUCAUUUUUCAGACCAUCCGUAUAAAGCUCGGACCAUUUGGUCCAUUGCAAAUUGAUCUUGGAGAAACAGAGAGAGAGCCCACCAGCAAAGAUCCCUUUUUCAUUUGGUUCUACAUUGACGAGGAAAUUGCAGUUGCUCAAGGUAGAGGUGGUGGAAUUGCAUAUUGGUGUAGAUGUCACCGUGUCACAUAGUCAAUUGUUUAUAGAUAAUUGUUUUCCAAAUCUCCAAACAUCAUGUAACUUUU